AUGUUAUUUGUCAAACAUAAUAAAGAAUAUUACAAAUCAAUUGUCUACAGCAUCGUUUGCCUGUAUCAUACUUGCCGAUACAUCUUAUACAUGUUUUUAGGCAACUAUUUUGGACAGGAGAUAAUUGACCACAAUAAUCACGUAUUUGUUACUGCGUACAACAUUCAGUGGUAUACAAGCCCAUUACAUAUACAAAGAAUGAUACUAUUUCUACUGCAAAGAAGAGCCAAGAAAUUUUCUUUAAAUCUCGGUGGGGUAUUUGAUGCAUCCAUAGAGGGUUUUGCCACGUUAAUAAAGGCCUCCGUAUCUUAUUUUACAGUCAUAAAUUCUACACGAUAA